GAUUCUAUUGGCUGCAGAGAUGUAAGGCUCUCUCUGAACCCAAAUGCAUUUGAGACUAAAAUCACAGUAUUCAAAGGAGCAACAAGCACUGAGGAGGAUCCUGUAUCUGAUAUUCAAGUUACGAAUGUUGAUGAUAAUCAUGAAGAUUCUGAGUCAGUUAAUGAAAAACAAUCUAUUAAUAAUGUGCUUGAAAAUGGAUGUAAUGUUAGCUCAGACAAAGAUCACAAAGAGGUGAGAAUCCAUGACCAGGAGAGGUGCAUCAACAAAGAAUCUAACGAUGUGGCAAGUAUUACUGACGCUCCUGCUCACCAUAUGGCUGAUGUGAAAAUGGAAGGUGAUGUCACCAAAUGUCUUCAGUCAUUUAUUGACAACAUAGUUGAAAAUGCCCUAAUUAAAGUUAAUUGUCAAAAAACUGAUGAAGUUGGAAAAGCUGCGAGUGAUUUCGCUCGUGAUGAUGAAUCUAGAUUUGUUAGUGUAAAGGAUGGUUCAGAAAAUAAUUGUAAAGAAAUGCUUGAACAGGAACAUGCUGAGAUAAGCUCCAAAAAUUUUAAUCUGCCACAUGUGCUGUUAGAGUUGUAUGUAUAUGUCGUGGGUGAAAUGACUUCUGAUGGUAGAUUCUGGAUCCAGCAUAUAAGAAAUGAGAAAGAAGAAGAAGAAUAUCACAAAAUGCUGGACAAUAUGAGAAAGCAUUUGUCAAACCACCCUACAUGUGUUUUUUUGUGUAAACUAUUGGCAGCUUUUAAUGGUGAAGAGAAGAAAUGGUGCAGGGCUAAAGUAGAAGGGCAAAAUAGUAACAUGGUGUUUGUGCGUUUUGUUGACUAUGGUAAUUGUGCUUGGAUGUCAUCUGAUCUUGUACGUGAGCUGCCAGUGGAGUCCCAAGAUUAUCCAUUUCAGGCCUUUGAAUGUCAUAUUGGUGGAUACACUAGUCACGUAUUUUCUGCUGUUGCACAAGCUGAGUUUACAAACUUGACACGUGGGGUGGAACUAAGAGCCUUCAUUAUGAGCCAGAAAGUUCCUGAAAGUGAUGUCUAUUUUACUAAACUAAUAACUAAAGAUGGUAUCUGUUUGAAUGAGAAAGUCUUGAAAGUAGAUGCAGCUAUUCGUAAAAUACUGUUACCAUUCCCUCAUGGGGAGCUUCCAAUAUACAACCAAAGCCAGCAAAGCAUACCAUUCGAGCAGUUCAGUAGAGCAGUAUUUCAAAGUGAUAUUCGUCCAGUAUAUCUGCCGACAGCAUCUCAACAUUGGAUGCGACCAGACUAUUCAGCCAAUGUACCAGUUAUGCUACCACCAAAUCGCUUCUCAUUACCAAGAUCACCACCAGCUCGUCAAUUCAUGGUGGUACCUCAGAGAUUUGGUAUGAAUCAGGACAGACUGCCUUUACAUAUCCCACCAAGACAGUCACUAGAAUCUUGCAUUGAUCAGUCAUAUUCACAGCCACUUUCUCCGAGUAGAUCAGCCUCAUUUGCUGUGAAACACAAUCCUACACCCAUAUACAGUGUCAGAUCAAAGCCGUUACUGUCAUCUGGUGUCCACGGGCUGGAUCAAUCAUCAACCCAGCACACAUCUACUCCGGUAUUGCCACCUAGGGGUGGAGAACACGGCGUUGUCAACGCUUCAGAAGUAUGGGAAGAGUCACCACCAGUACAAACUGAUGCAUCUUAUAAUGCUAAGUGUGUUUACCAAGACAACCAGUUGAAGCCUUCAUCAUUUGGAGAUACAGAUGAGGUGAACCCUACGAGUAAAUCCAACAAACCAUUUGAUGAUGAUGUCUGGGAAGAAGGAAGAAACCCUGUCACUAACUCUCCAUUGGCUCCCGAGGACCAGACAGUCAAACCCAGUGGACCCCGGGGUACUCAUUCAUUUGGUGAUACCAGACAUGUGAAGACUAAUUUUCCUAACCGCCCAACGAGAAGUAACUUUCCACAAAGAGAAAGUGAUUAUGACAAUAAAAAG